AUGAUAGCGUUGCCGAAACAUGAUGUAAGCAUCGUGUUGGCAAACCUGGACACGGCAAACAAUACGUUCGAGAUAGCGAACCUCGGUGAGGAAGAGGAUAUGAUCAUCACAACCAAGGUCGAUCAAAGGAAUGUACAACUCUACACGAUUCCUUCCGAAUGGACGCACGGCGGACGUCAAGAGCUAGAGCUAGACAUCAUCGUUGUAACGGAACUGAAGGAAAUGACACGCUUGACUGGCCAAAUUCAGCUGGCAAAUCUACCAAAAGUGCUUAUCCAACUAAGCCACACUCUGCACACUCCUGGGGACUUCAUGAAGUUUCGCAUUCUGCUGACGGACGAGUUGAACAGACCAUUGGCCAGAACGGAAACGCCAUUCAACGUAACGAUAACGUUGCUCCAUGAAACACAGCACACUGUGACAUCCUGGGAGGCGCAGCUAUAUCCGGACGAGAUUUUUAGCGAUCAAUACCUGUUUGCUGACGAUCGCGACAUCGGAAACUGGAACAUCACCGUGACGCUCGCUGGACAAACCACAACGAAACCAUUCAAAGUGGCACCGUACACGGCUCCGAUUCACAGCAUUACCAUCAACCCGGGUGAAUUGAUUACGCAAGAUUACGAGCAGCUCGAAAUUAACGUGCAAGCGACGUAUACAUUCGGAAAACCCAUCCGCGGAACGUUGAUGGUGAGCGUUACUGGUGGCGAUCGUUCGAUCGAUGCAGAUCCGCUGCCGAUCGAUGGCAACCAGAACGUAAAUGUUAAGGUUUCAGAGCUGCUGGAAGCGCUGAGAAACGAAGAAUCCGAGGCGAAUCUCAUCUACAUACAGGCAUCAGUGCUGACUUCAAAUGGCAUAACCGAUCGGACGUACCGUGAGAGUAUAGCCGUACCAAUCUACCCACUCCCGUACAAGGUUGUGCUGCACAGGCUAGUUGAUUUCUUUCCUGGCCACAAUGCAACUCUGCUGGUCGAAAUUACGACGCCUACCGGAAAGCCCUACGAUGGAUGGAAAUACAUGAGUGACAGCGUGUCCAUUGUGGUGGAUUUCGAAAGCGAAGACAACGUGCCAAGUGUACAGUUUGAGCAGGCACUGGAGCCCGACGGUACUGCGAUUCUCUCCAUACCAACUCACCAAUCCACAGAACUUGUAAAAGUCCGUGUAGCGUUUCAAAAGGCCAGCUUUUCCCUCACAUUGGAAGCAACCUACAACCCUCAGCUUUCAAUCCGUGCAGUGCCUUCAAGCAACAUCGCUGCAACCACUCGUGAUCGGUUGACGAAUGGUUCCAUUCGGGCAAGGGAGACCAUUAAACUGGCGAUAGCGUCCUCUCACCCAAUGGAUGGAAUUGUGGCCGUCAUUCGCAAACAUGACGGUGAAAAUAUCCCACUGUUCAUUAACUGCUAUCACCGCAAUUAUUACGAUCAUCUCGUGCAUGACCUAGUUCGUCCAACGGAUGUCAAGCGUGUGUACAUAUUUGGGAGAUUCGACGGUACGUUGGUGCAAACUGCGACACUUGACAGGGAACCUCCUGUGUCCCAUCAGGUGGACAUUGAGGUUACGGGCACGGAAGUGCGUGUACGAACGAAACAAGACGUUGCUCAGGUUGGUAUCGCUAUUUACGAAGGUGUCCUGGACGAGGAACACUUUGAUAGCAUCUACACGCACUCAAUGUUCAACGGGUCCGUGUUCCCGGAGAAUCUACCGGGAUUGGGUCACAUAGAAACGGAACAAAAGCAGUCGUUGGGAUCGUCGCGGCUAAAUCAUUUACUUCUGUGGAAAGAAGUGAAUGUCAAAAAUGGCUUUGCAAUGCUUAAUUUUAACGCUCCACCGUACGUAAACCACUGGAUAGUGAGUGCAUUCGCGUUUAGCGCCACGGAAGGCCUCGGCAUUGGGCGUCCUGUUCAGGGAGAUCGCCAGCAAGAGGUUGAAAUUUAUGUACACAUCCCAUACUGGGCAAGAAAGAUGGAAACGAUUUCGGUCGAUGUAUACAUCGUCAACAAUCGAAAUCACCCUGUUAACUUUAUGCUCCUGGAACUGUUGAACACAGCAAACGAAUUUAUCUUUCUCAACAACUCGGGCCACACUGACGCCACAAAGAAAUUAGUCUACGGUCGACUGGAUCCAUAUCAGGUGGAAAGGGCCGAAUUUCUCAUCCAACCCAGAAAACUCGGAUCAAUUACACUAAAGGCAAACGCUUACAUAAAGGGUAACAUCCAGAUAGCCACGGCUGAAACUAUACUUAGAACCGUGCCGGAAAGCGUUCAACGAACGCAGAGCAUAGUGCGUCUGUUCAACGUCGAUAAAUCCGUGCAGCGGUUUGAUAGACUUAAGAUUCCAAUUCCACGCACCGCGGAAAAAGGAUCGGAGAAAAUAACCCUAUCUCUGCACCAGGAGCAGCUUCAAAUUGCUUCACUUCCGGUGAGCCUUCUGUUGGACAAGCUCGUCGAGGCGGACCCGUUCACGAUGGCCAUAAAGGCGUCCCUAUACUUAGACGUCCUGACGCUGGGAAAUGUGGAAAGGAUAGAACGAAGGGCCGCAGCUGCCGACAUGGUCAAUACAUCAGCCCAUAUGAUCGAGGCUCUUGCAAAUGGAGACGGCUCGUUCACCAUCUCCCAAAGCCAUUCUCCCUCGUCGCCGUGUUGGGACACGGUCAUAGCUGUUCAGGCGUUAACCAAUGCCAACAGGCAUCUAAAAAACAAACAUCAUGAAGAUUCUAUUUUAAAAUCACUUAACUGGUUGAAGGAUAAACAGGCUAGAGAUGGUCAUUUUUGCGCUGGUGAGGAAAAUGCUAACGAUACCGAACACGUGGAAUUAACCUCUCAUGUAUUGAUGUCGUACUUCAAUAUGGAAAGCUACACAUGGCGCUUUGUUACGGUUAUUGAAAGAGCAAAAAAUCAUCUCCUAUCUAGUAUCGGGAAGUUAACCGAUUCGUAUCAACUCGCCUUAGUUGGACACGUGUUGCAGUUCUCGCAACAACAUGCGACGGGUACCAACAAUCAGGCAGCAAUAGAAGAAAGAGUUAGAAAUAUUCUGGCCGAACUUCUUUCGAACAAAAACCAAAGCCCCACGGGACUGAAGCUAUGGUGGGGUUCUCCUACUUCAAAGCGAAAUCUAGAAAAUACGGCGUAUGCGCUUAUAAUGUUAACCUCAAAAAAAUUCCUCCUUCAAGCAGCGCCUAUAGUUAACUGGAUCAAAGAUCAACCAUACCGGCUAGCACCCCAACCAAUCUCGCCUGAUUCGCACGUCGCGCUCCGGGCACUGAUCGAGUAUGCAAAACGGACAACGUUGCUUGAUAAACAGUACAAUGCCGAAGUUGUAGCUAAUGACAGAAACGGUGAAAUAUGGCGAUCUGAGCUGAACGAUGGUAGCAACAAUCGUGUUCUCAACCUGCCAUCAACCACACGUUCCUUGAGCUUAUCAAUCAAUGGAACAAUAGCGGGCGCGUUUGAGAUCGUCUACAGCUACAUGGAGGCUGUUACGGAGCAGGUGCAAAAGUUUGAAAUCGACCUGAUACGAUACGACUCGUCUAACGAUGACUACACCGACUGGCGCAUAUGCUUGCGGUUCAUCCCAAAGGGAUCGUUCGACAAGACAAACAUGGUUACGUGCGAGAUUUCUUUUCCGACCGGGUACAUCGCCCUAGACGACAGUGUGGACGAGCUGAAUGAACUUCAGGACGUAGUCACAACCACCUUGAAGAACCGCGAAACCCAGCUAUUGAUCACUUUCGAAGAGAUCAGUGUGCAGCAGAGAUGUUUCAAUGUGACCGGAUUCCGCCGGAACGUGGAAACUCGUUUACAACCAGGCACAAUCAAAGUGUAUGACAUAACCGACAAAAAUAAUUUUGCAUUUAAGCAAUUAGAUACCAAACACAGGUAA